AUGGUGACCCAACAUGUUGACCUAACAGAAGUUCAGAAGGAGUCUCUCACGGACGACUACAAUCUUUCACACCGUGAGAAACAAGUCAUGAGAAAAAUUGAUCUUCGACUUGUUCUUGGAGCAGCGCUAGGGUAUUCUGUCAACCUCAUGGAUCGGGGUAAUGUUGGUAUGGCUGCGAUUGCAGGAAUGUUGAAAGAUUUGGACUUUGUCGGGUAUAGAUAUUCCUUGAUGGUUCUCAUGUUCUUUGUCACAUACGUGAUUUUCCAGCCUCCAUCCACAGUUUUGAUCCGGAAGAUUGGUCCCCCAAAUUUUCUAUCAGGCAUCAUCCUAUCAUGGGGAAUACUCAUGUUGGGAAUGGGUUUUGCCAAGUCAUGGAGCCAAGUGCUUGCUAUUCGUAUACUGCUGGGAGUCUUUGCAGCCGGUUAUUUCCCGGGCUAUGAGGUUCAAAAACGAUUCUCUGUAUUCUACGGCAUUGGCUGCGUCGCAUCAGCCUUGGCGGGUAUUUUGGCCUUCGGGCUCAUUCAUAUGGACGGCGUCCAAGGCAUUGCAGGAUGGCGCUGGAUUUUCAUCAUGGAAGGGGUUAUUACGGUCGCACUUGGUGUUCUCUGUUACAUCCUCAUCGUCGACUUCCCUGACAAAGCUUCACAAAGUUGGAGAUUCUUGUCUGUGGAAGAGUGCAACUUUGUAAUCAGCCGUAUUGAUCGAGAUCGACACGACGUGGAGCCAGAGGCGCUCACACUGGGUCGAUUCUUGAAGCCGGCUCUUGAUAUCAAAAUCUGGGGAUUUGCUAUACUCUUUUGCUGCUUGACAAUCAACACGUACGCCAUGGCAUAUUUCUUACCCAUCAUCCUUUCCGAGGGGAUGGAAUUUGGCGUAGGAGCAUCUCAAUGCCUCUCUGCACCACCAUGGAUCUUUGCCGCCUUGGUGAUGUUCGCAACAGCUUGGAUUGGCGAUAAGAUUCAACGACGGGUGCCCAUCUUAUACUUCAAUGUCUGUCUCUCUCUUAUUGGCUUGCCAAUGAUGGGAUUUCUCCAAAGCAAUGCAGGACGCUACGUUGGCGUUUUUUUGACGGUGGCAGGAGCCAACGCAAAUGUCCCCGCAUGUAUGGCGUGGCAAGCUAAUAAUGUGCGAGGUCAAUGGACUCGUGCCUUUUCCAGCGCAACUCUUAUCGCUUUCGAUGGUAUUGGUGGCAUCAUCGCGAGUCUGGUGUUUGAGAAGGACGCGCCGCAUUACCGACCAGGCGUGUAUACUGCGCUGGGAGCGAACAUUGUGUUUUUCCUGACAGUCACGGCCCUUGCCCUUUGGUAUCGACGAUGCAACAGAAGAGCCGACCGUGGCGAACUGAUCAUUGCUGGUGUACCUGGCUUUCGGUAUACUAUCUGA